AUGUCGCAGAAAGAGUUACGUGAAAAGGCUAUUGCUGAUGCUCUUGCUAGAGAAGAAGAGGAAUACGCGAAGAUAAAGGCCAUGCGCGAGUUAAACAACCAGACAUCCGAAUUAAUAACUUCUUUAAACAAAAUUCCAUCAAAUUUGAUCAAUUCGAGAUUGCAAAAGUUGCAGCAAGAUUUGCAAAACUUGCCAGAAUACAAAGUGAAGGAAUUAGAUGAAGAACUAGAAGAAUUUAUGUUCUCCCACAUGAAAUUGCCAUAUGGUGAAGUGUACAACAGGCCAUGGAGUGGAAUCUCAAACGAAGAAUCAUCUUCUAUAUCCUCUAACAAAGAUGAAGUGAUACAACAGAGACUUGUUUCAACAACUUCGAGUUCAUAUUCCACUCAAUUUCCAAACUUAAAGCCAACGCCAGACUAUAGAGGGUACUCUGAACAAGAGUUAUUUUUGAGACAACUCGCACAUUCUCGUCAUUCUGGUUCCUUGGGAUCUAAGUUAUCAAAUGUAUAUAGACCACAAGACGACAUCAAGAACCCAACGAAGUUAAAGGAUGUCUCUAUAGCUACAUUAAUGGCAGCAGGUUGUCAUUUGGGACACUCCAAAUCAAAUUGGAGACCAACAACCCAGCCAUUCAUUUAUGGUGAAUAUGAUGGUAUUCAUUUAAUUGACUUGAAUGAGACCGCUGCCGCCCUUAAGAGAGCUAGUAAUGUCAUCAAGGGAGUUUCUAAAAAGGGAGGUAUCAUUCUUUACGUUGGCACCUCAAAGAAUGUAUUCCAAAACAGAGCGUUGGAAGAAGCUGCAAUCCGUUCUAAUGGUUACUAUGUUACCAAGAGAUGGAUUCCAGGUACGAUUACCAACUACACUGAAGUCACUAAGCAAAUCCAGGGAACACAGAAGAUCGAAGUCGAUAUGGAAAAUAAACCAACUGGACGUAACUUAGGUGUUGAACAGGGCCAGCUUGUGAAGCCAGACUUAGUCGUGAUCCUUAACCCUGUUGAAAACAGAAACUGUAUCAACGAGUGUAUCUUGCUGAGAGUUCCCACUAUUGGUUUGUGUGACACUGACAUGGAACCAUCCUUAUUGACUUACCCAAUUCCAUGUAACGACGAUUCCGUCAGGUCAGUAACCUUUAUGACGGGUAUUUUGUCCAAGUCUGCUGAAGAAGGUUUGUUGGAAAGGUUGGAAGAAGUAAACAAGUACAACCAAUCCAAAGUUAAAGGUCUGAUUCAAAAGAGAGAAUUGAAACAUAGCAGACGUUCCAGCUAA